AUGCUCAGCCAAAUUGAAGCCGGGUUUCAUGUUUUUCCUGACCUGUAUAACAACAGUGAUGUUCGCUUCUUUACGUUUUGGACUAGGGAUGGAUAUAAAUCAACAGGAUACUAUAACCUAAAAUGCAGCGGAUUCAUUCCUGCUAAAGGAGCUGCACUUGUUCCGGGUCAAGCAGUUGGUCCUCCCUCAACAUAUGAUGGAGAAGAUCACCACAUCACAAUUAGCCUACACACGGACCCUAAUACAGGAAACUGGGUAUUAUAUCGGGACGACCUAGAGAGGCCUUCUUUCCUAGGGCAUUUUCCUAAAGAUCUUUGCCCGGAGUUGAAUGGUGUUGCACCCCAAGUAUUAUUUUCUGGGUUUGCGACUUAUCCAAGGAAUGGCAGAGGGCCGGCAAUGGGCAGCGGGCAUUUUCCCGUGGAAGGUGAAAGAAAAGCCGCAUACUUUAAGAACAUGAAGAUAUUCGACUCAAAUGCUAGUGCUCAUGAUCCUAUUCCAAGCAUCAUGGUCCCUUUGAUGAAUAGGCCGGACUGCUACAAGUUGGGCGACAUUCCUCUUGGAGUAAAGAAUAGUUAUUUGUUCUAUUAUGGUGGGCUUGAAGGUUGUCAUGGUUGA